UAGCUACUUUUCACAGGUUUGGUAAACCCUUUUUUUAUAUUUUUGGAUGACUAAAUUAGUCAUUUGUAUUGCAGUUUUUUUUAUAAUGACUAGUUAUUGUGUGAAAUAUACAGUGAGUUUUUAUAUAUUUAAGUUUUAUAGCAAUAAAAAGGAUUAUCAAUAGCGCGUAUUAAGAAAAUAUAUAUGUACGACCUACGCUAUGGAAAUAUAUUCCCGUAUUAAACUUUAAAUUUUGUGAAUCAUUCAAGAGAAAUAAUUGUCUGGUGAGACAAUAUUAAAUAAUAGCAUGUUUAGUAUCAGUGAACUUUGCUGUAUGUUCUGUUGUCCGCCUUGUCCCGGACCAAUUGCAGCUAAGCUUGCUUUUCAACCACCCGAGCCUACUUAUAAGUUGACGCCCGCUGAUGAUGCCAACGUUAAGUAUAAUUUACAUUUAUUUGAUCGUGCAGAGUGGCAGUACUCUGAACGUGAUAAGUCCAAAGUGGAAUCAUUUUUCACGCGGACUUCUCGAGGGAAUUUAAUUACAUGUAUAUAUGUACGUUGUAGCAGAAACGCAAAAUAUACGCUACUUUUUUCUCAUGGAAAUGCCGUUGACUUGGGUCAAAUGAGUAGCUUUUAUAUAUCUCUUGGAACACAACUAAACUGUAAUAUAUUUGGCUACGAUUACUCUGGAUACGGAAUGAGUGGUGGUAAACCAUCAGAAAAAAAUUUAUAUGCUGAUAUUGAAGCCGCUUGGCAGGCACUUAGAAACAGGUUUAAUAUCAGUCCCGAAACUAUUAUUUUAUACGGCCAAAGUAUUGGUACAGUACCAACAGUUGAUUUGGCAACAAAGCAUGAAGUUGGGGCAGUAAUUCUUCAUUCUCCACUGAUGUCCGGACUAAGAGUGGUUUUCCGUAACACCAAAAGAACAUGGUUUUUCGAUGCAUUUCCAAGUAUUGAUAAAGUUUCAAAAGUGAAAUCACCAGUUUUAGUAAUACAUGGAACUGACGAUGAGGUUAUAGAUUUUUCCCAUGGGAUAGGUAUUUAUGAACGCUGUCCCAAAGCCGUUGAACCUUUGUGGGUUGAGGGUGCUGGCCAUAAUGACGUUGAAUUGCAUUCGCAAUACUUUGAGCGGCUUAAAAAAUUUUUAACUAUUGAAUUGGUGAAAUGACAAUUAAAGAAUCAGCAUGACGUGGAACACAAUAAUUCUGUAGCAGUAGUAUCAUCUAAGGAGUUACCGCUGACAUCAUCGUUAGUGAAUAAAAAAAACUUAGAAGAUCCUAACAUUUCCAAUUCUUCAGGCCUGUGCUGCCAAGAAAACAAUUUAAAAGACGACAUUGAAGCUUCCACGUCAAGUUCCAUAUCAACCAAACCUUCAAUUGAAAAAUUUCUUUAGCGAAGAAACAUGGGUUCUUAUCUUUCUCAAAUUAAAUGAUCGAACAUUUUCCAUGGAUUUCUAUAGUUGUUUAUAAGAGAAAGCCGGGGACCUAAUCUAAAUUAAUCAAAUGCCGUCUUCCCCCUUGUAUGCAUAUUUUUACGAAACACAAGGGAACCACUAAUGAUAAAAUAUUGGUAGGCAGUGAUUCUAACAGCGUUUUGAAUACAGAAUUUUUCRCACAUCUGCAUCUUUAGAAUAUUGAUACUACACAUAAAGCGUUUUUAUCUAUUAAGAACUUUGAGGGCAAUACAUCGCCUGAUCUCCUUACCUUAAAAAUACAAAUUAAUCAAUAAAACUAAAGACUAACACUGCCCAGCCAGUUUGAAAGACAAGUCGUAUUGAAUCUUUAGGUUACGAAGUAAUGCAAUAUGUAUUUUAUUUUAUAUACCAAAACAGGAAAUUUAUUACAUGAAGAAUCUUACAGAAAGUUAGAGAAGUACUUAAGGAUAAGUUGAAACGUCUUUAUUCCAAAAUGCACAUAAUUUUGUCCACUAAUUUACAUUUCCAGUAGAAGUAUUAUGUGUAAUACUAUUUUUUUUUWAAUUAAAUUAUUGAUACCACUAAUAGCGUUAGGCUUACGUUGUUUAAAUAAAAAGCACACACACGUUAUUUUUAACAGUAAAAAUAAUGGGGAAAUUACUGAUAUCUCUUAAUUACUUAUUGUGAUCAAAAUUGUUUUGGUUAAAAGGAAUUCAAGCUAUUGAAUAUUUUCUAAUGUUAUUUUUGUAGUAAGAGUUAGAACGUUAUAGCCCGGAUAAUGAAUACCGAUAUUUUCAUUAAGAUAUAUGUAUAAAAAGUUUUUUACUUGUAAAUUCAUUAAUUUCUAAUAACUACAAUAUACAGGUUCUAAUUGGCGAGAUAUCAGUUACAGUAUUUAAUUUAAUCGUUUUAAGAAAUUUUCAUGUAAUUAAUGUUAAAGCAGUGUACAAUG